CUCUGAGGGAUCCAUACUUACUAUUUUCGUUGCCUUCAUUGGUGGUGUUGUUGUUGUUGAACAUUGUUGUUGUUUUUGUGUAUUAGCCCGCGUAUGAGAGGGCUUGCAGUUGGACGUCCCGUCCAAACUUGAAAAACUUUUUUUAGCGGAUAUUAUGUGAUGUAAGAAAUUUCACCUAUAAACUGCAAUCAACCUGGUAUUUGUCUAUUUUAAAAAAAAUUAAAAACAGCACCUCUUUCCGAAUCUCGUGCGAGCGCGCACCGAGCGGCUGCUGUUUUCAAUCCUUUUCUUUUAAUUAUUUUCUCAACUUUACUGCAGCAUCAUUCAACUCUUGUUUUGGUCGUUUCUGCACAUUUUUCAUCUUUCCUUUACCUAUUUCGCUUUUCAAUCUAUUCUUCACGUUGUGCUGAAUCUUUCCACCACGCUUACUAUGGCUUUAUGUCUUCUGUAGAUGACUAUGCUUCUGCUAAUGAUUUAAAAUUUUUACAAACAUUUUUAGAUACUUACCAACAAGUUCGCGGAUCUUCGUUCUCCGCACAUGACGAUCGCAUUCCUAAUCUCCAUUUGUUGCAAAAAAGAAACUGUUCAAAGCUGUGAAGUUAGUUUUUGACUCAAACUUUAAAACAGCAACUUCUAUUCCCUGCGCUCCUCGAGUUUUCAACUUUUUCCUAAGUGCCAGUUGAAUCCAUUGUCACGUCAUAACGUUGACAUAGCAACACGCGCGCGUUGACUAACGUAUAAGCGCCCUGCUGACACUGAACGAACGCGCACUUUUGAGUAGACUUCAAGCUGCCCCUCUUUUUUCUAAGUACGCCAAAAAUCACGCAAAAGAAAGCACAGGAAGAAAAAUGGUCGCGCUAGGGCGAAAAAGGUCAAACAAUGCAGCAAAACUGUGGGUAAUCUUGAACUGAUACAGGAGUCCGUUCCAAUGAUUUUCCAUUCAAAGAACUACUCGACUUCCCAGCAUUCAACGCGUGGAGUGUUAUGAAAAUGGCAGCUGAAGAAAUGGUGACCUACAUGUACAAGCCCUCCGAAGCGUUAAGGAGCCUUUAUUUUAAAGUCUGGGAGAACAUUUCCUAGCCUGAGCAUAAGUUUAAAAUGCAAGACGAAGCAAGAUAUCUAAAACGGAGGGUGAAGGGUGGAAAUAUCGAUGCCCAUCCCACAGAAAAAGCGAUUGUUGUUAACUAUGAGCUGGAAGCUGUUAUUCUUGGCGAGAUGGGAGAGCCCAUGUUGGGCGAGCGGAAGGAGUGUCAGAAAAUAAUUCGUCUGCAGAGUCUGAAUUCCACAACCAAUAUAGCAAAGUUAGCUACAGAAGUCAUUGAAAAAUGCAAGCUCAUUCAUCCCUCAAAACUUCCUGAAGUUGAGCAGUUGUUAUACUACCUGCAGAACAGGAAGGAUGCAGGCAAGACCAAAGGUAAAGAGAAAGGUGACAGCUUGAAAAAUGCAGCUGCUGACUUUGAAGGCACUGAGCUUGAUGAACAAGCCAACAUUAACGACAUAGAGGAAUAUGUAGAGUUACUCUAUGAGGAACUUCCUGAUAAGAUUAGAGGAACAGCUCUCAUCCUACAGCUGUCGAGAAAUCCUGACAACUUGGAGGAGCUUGCAGUAAAUGAACCUGUUUUGGGUGCCAUGGCUAGAGUGUUGCGAGAGGACUGGAAGAAGAGCACAGAGUUAACCACCAACAUUGUAUACAUAUUCUUCUGUUUCUCCAGUUUCUCACAGUUUCAUUCUAUCAUUAUCCAUUACAAGAUUGGUGCAAUGUGUGUGCAAGUCAUGGAAAAUGAGAUUAAAAGAUAUGAGCAAUGGUCUGCUGAGUUAGAGAAGAAGAAAAACAGUAAUAAUAGAAAGGACUAUGAAAAGGGCUACAAGAAAUUUCUUGGUCUUGUGAAAAAACAAGAGCAACUGCUAAGAGUUUUGUCAUACCUACUGCUAAACCUUGCUGAAGAUGCCAAGGUGGAGAUGAAGAUGAAAAACAAGAGGAUUGUCUACAUGUUGGUGCAGUUAUUGCCAAGAGAAAAUGUAGAUCUACUGAUUCUGGUUGUUUCCUUUCUGAAAAAGCUUAGUAUCUUUGUGGAAAACAAAACUGAAAUGGCUGACUGUGGCAUAUUGGAGAAGCUGGCCAAUUUAAUUCCUCACUCUAAUGAGGAUCUACUGAACAUUGCUCUUCGCCUGCUCCUUAACCUCUCCUUUGACACGGAUUUGCGAGCUAAAGCUGUUAAAGCUGGACUACUACCAAAACUUGUGCUGCUUGUUUCCAAUGAAAUUCACAGUGUUGUGGUACUUUGUAUCCUGUACCACAUCAGCAUGGAUGACAGAUUCAAGUCCAUGUUUACCUUCACAGAUUGUAUUCCUAUUAUGAUGAGGAUGAUGCUGGAGUGUCCAGGAGAUCGUAUUGACUUGGAGCUGAUUGCAUUAGGCAUAAACCUGGCAGCUAACAAAAGAAAUGCUCAGCUGAUUUGUGAAGGGCCUGGCUUGAGGCUUCUGAUGAGAAGAGCAUUCAAGUUUAAUGAUCCUUUAUUACUGAAGAUGAUCAGGAAUAUCUCACAGCAUGAUGGACCUACCAAGGCUCAGUUUGUGGAACACAUUGGUGACCUUGCUAAAGCCGUGCAGACCGGACCAGAUGAAGAGUUUGUACUAGAAGCACUUGGAAUAUUAGGAAACCUUACAGUAGAAGAUGUUAACUUCCAGCAGCUGUUAACAGAUUAUGACAUGUUAAAUUACAUUAAAACUAAGUUACAGCCAGGAGUGGCAGAGGAUGACCUUGUUCUUGAAGUUGUGAUCUUAAUUGGUACGGUGUCGUUAGAUGAUGAGUGUGCUACUGUGUUUGCCAGAGAAGGAAUCAUACAAAUGCUUAUAGACCUGUUGAAUGCAAAACAAGAGGAUGACGAGGUUGUGUUACAAAUAGUUUAUGUUUUCUACCAAAUGAUAUUUCACAAAGCGACCAGGGAGGUCAUUAUCAAACAAACACAGGCUCCAGCUUAUCUUAUUGAUCUGAUGCAUGACAAGAACACAGAAAUACGCAAAGUUUGUGAUCAGACGCUGGAUAUCAUCAUGGAGUAUGAUGAAGAAUGGGCGAAGAAGAUCCAAGGGGAGAAGUUUCGCUGGCACAACUCUCAGUGGCUAGAGAUGAUAGAAAACAGAGUGCCGAUAGAUGACAGUGAAGGCUUGAUGUACGGUGAAGACGCUUUCAUGGAUGGUGAUCCGUUUGACAGACCCGAGCUCUUCUACGGUCAUCCGGGAUACGACGACCCUGUCACGCUCAUGUCGCGUGAAGGCGCCAUGACCCCGGAUUACAUGAUGGAGGAUCCGGGCGAGUACGGGAUGUAUAAUGGCGAGGCAUACUUGAAUCCCGGGGGACAUCCAGUCAGUCCCUAUGCCAUGGCGCAAUAUCAGGGAUACCCUAAUGACGGCAUGGGAUAUUUAACAGCAGAGGAAGCAGCCAUGGGCACGUGGGGACAUUUAAUAGAUGACGAUCCUGACCAGGGGUCUUAUGGUCCCCCGCAAGGUCAGGUCGCUCGGCCCAGUAGCCGGUAUGGUCGGCCUGUGUCACCGGGUUAUGCAGAGGCCUACGGGGCUGAACUAGUAGAACCUGAUACAGAUAUGUAUGGGCGGCCUGUGUCGAGAAUGAGAUCGAGCUAUGAUGAAAUGCAGUAUGGUUACAGAUAAUAGUGUUGAGUACGCGCCAUUGUCAUCACAGGCGCUAAAUCAGCGUUACCUUCUUUCUUGAUCCUCGCCAUUUGUUUGCCCCGGUUGAGUUACACUGACAAUUUUUCUGGUCAUCUCUGAGUUUCCGAGCAUCUUCGUUGAUCUACCUCGUUCCCAGGUUGUUUUCUCUUGUCCCCGUCCUCAGCAUACGGGGAAAAGAAGAAAAAAAGAGCCUAGAAAUAAGAGUGUCAGUCAAUGGAUUGUUUUGGUGUAAGCUUUCUUCGGCUCUUUACUUUUCUUUUAGUCUGUUCAAAGACUUAUUCUGUUCAAGAAAAUAACAGAUGAAAAGAAAUUGGCGGUUUAGGGCAGACUAGUUAGUCUGAACAUAAAAAGCCGAGUUGGAAUUGUAACUUCUCUUCAUAACUAACUGAAAUACUAGGUUCUGGAAGUCAAUGAUCUGAUCAUCUCAGGAAAAGUGACUUAAAUUGUUAAAUCAAAGUAUUCGAAGAUGAAUUGUAAAAAAAUUGUGGAAAACUGUUAAAAGAAUUUUGAUGGCUACCUUAAGUCUUCGGGGCUUAUCUCGUUUUUUCGUUUGUUUGUCUCGAACGCAUUACCGAAUUUUUAUUUAUUGUGAGCGUCGUUUCUGGUUAGACGAACCUCUGUAGAUUGUUGGAGCGUGUUACUUCCCAGUCAGUCUCUGACUAAUUCCAAAAUUCUCUUUACCUUCUUAUAAGUAUUUUUAGCUGUCAGGUGAUGAGAAUGAAGUAGUUAAGUAUCUCAGGGAAAUUUCUUGAUUUCAUUUAAAUUCUCCCGAGGUGGAUUAGUGAAUAUGUGUGAUCACGGCAAGGAGAAUUUUGGAAACAAUCAUUGUAAAUUUGUAAAGCAGCUGGCUUUUUCAUUUCGUCAUUAGUGCGGGACCAUCUUUAAAAUACGAUUAAAUCUACUGAAAAUAUGUGUGGGUGUCUGUCUCAAUGGGAGUCGUGUCUAUUUUCUUUUUCACUUGAUAUAAACUCGAGGCUUUCACGUGUAUUUAACAAGUCAGUAUGUAACAGGCGAUAACAGAGCUGCCUAAAAGGGUGGCUAAGCGCUCUCAAAAGCCGGGUUUGUUUAUAAGGCUUGUAAUCGGGCUCUUCGUUACUUUGGUGUGUACAUUCAGUUGAAGUAGCAGCUAUGUGUGUCCCGGUACUCGCGCUACCCGCAGUUGCUAAAAACGAGUCAUCAUUAGAAACAAGCUGACAAGACGACUUCCUGAGCAUCUUCGUUGCUCAUUCAGCUCCCGAGAUCGAGAACCCGAUGACUUCCGGAGUGGCCUCGAAAGACGCUAUUUGUACAGACCAUUUCAAAACGCGCAUCCAAGUUUGCCAGUUUUAGAUAGAACGAGGACUGCUGUAAAGUUCACAAGGAUCGCAGGGGAAAAAUAGUUUAACACAGGAUCAUUUGCCGUUUUUCGGAAACAUUCGUAGGUAGCCGAAGACGACUUUUCGAAUUUUUUUGGACCCGCGAGCACUCGUCAAUCAUUCCUGAGCGCUGGUAGUCGAAUUUCAUGAAUGAGAAGACAUUAGACAUUUUCUGUAGGAAUAUAAUUUUAAUUAACGUUUCUUCCUUCCUAACUCUUAGUUGUGUUUUGCGAUAAGUGCAUUCAGGAGGUCUGUUUUGGUCUUUUAAAAAGAGAAGGUUUAACUGGUUUCUUACAAAGCAAAGGUCGUAGGAUAUUUACACUCUUGCCGCGUUAUUGUCCUGAUAUCAGAGCCCUCAAGACAGCACUUUACCUUCCCUCCCCCUGCCCGGCGCAUCAUUUUUUGGUUUAGCGCUUUGAGAGCGCGAGUCGCGGGUUAUAUUGCACGUUACAUGCACGAGUCGCGCGUUACAUGGUUUGCGAGUUAUUCAGUCUCGCAUUGUCAGUUGGAGGAAGCUGUGGGGCUCAAGUUGCUACACGUUUUAAAAACAAUAUUUAAGGAUGCGACCUAUGUGUAGGCCGUUUUAUUCAGUGAAUUUCCUUUGUUCUUUAGUUUUAUCACCGGUGUGGUUUCCGAGUUUCUAAGUAUACUUUGAGGUUCUUGUUUGAAUUGUGUUUUUAGUAAAGGGGUUAAUGCGUCAGUACUAGCUUCUUUUGUGCGAAGAGGCGCGCGCAAAGAGUGCCAAACUUUCAUCGUGAUGAAGGCAGAUUAAGUCUAGAAAAAGGUGAUUGAAACACUUACAAAGACAAAUAUUUAGCGGUUUAAAGCAUCAGUCUUUAAUAUAAAUGCAAAAUUUAAGAGUAGCUGACACGUUUU